CUGCGACUGCUAGUCAGUCAGUCCGCCAGCAAGCCCGAUCUCGUUCGGUAGAGUCGGUGGUUAUUAAUUAGUCGCGCGUUGCCAGCGGCAAACGCGACGUCGAUCACCGCGUAAUGACCCUGUGACGUCAUAGCAUGAGGAGAACCGAUAGCUCAGCGGAAGCCGCCUCGCCUAGCGUGGCCAUCCACGUGGGCAACUACGAUGGACCCGACGCGGAGAACUCAACGCUUCUCGGAGCGCACCCGCCGACCCCGAUCGUAACGCCAACUGGUCAAAUGCGCAAAGUAAAGAGCUUUACUGACACCCAUCGGAUCCGUGAUGUGAACACAGCAUCCGGGGCAGCCUCGGCCAGGAGUCUGCGACCUUACGACCAAGUCACCACAUACCCUGAGGGUUCCGAAUGCGGCACCAACCACUACGCUCCGUCGGUGCGGUCUCUCGCCUCCAUCGGGAUGGGGUGUACUGACGGUCGCAAAAUGGUCAUCAGAAGAGUGCCCACGUCGCCCACGGAGCUAUUUCAUCUCGUACGUCCUCCCACGCCUCCAGACGAAGACACCGCAUCACAUGAAAGUGACUGCGGCGAGGAAGAAGAAGAUGCAGAGACUGUACAUCUAAAGCCAAGACGGCCAUUUUGGGCUAAUAAAAUGCAAUUUGUUCUAGCUUGCGUAGGCUAUUCAGUCGGCCUUGGCAAUGUGUGGCGAUUUCCGUAUUUGUGUUAUAAAAGCGGCGGAGGUGCAUUUCUUAUUCCAUACUUCAUAAUACUCCUCGUGUGCGGUGUGCCUAUGCUGUUUAUGGAACUUGCAAUCGGGCAAUACACGGCGCACGGCCCCAUUGGAGCGCUCUCACAAAUAUGUCCAUUGUUCAAAGGGGCCGGUCUUGCAAGCGUGGUAAUCUCGUUUCUAAUGUCCACAUACUACGCAGUAAUAAUCGCAUGGGCGAUCUAUUACUUCUUUACAUCGUUUAAGUCUGAAGUCCCGUGGGCAACCUGCUCCAACCGCUGGAACACGCCCUACUGCUGGGUCCCCACGCACAACAUCACGAAACCAAAUGGAUCUCAGACGCCCACCGAACAAUUCUUUGAGAAGAAGGUGUUAAGCAUGAGCGACGGAAUAGAAUUUCCUGGAGGAAUGCGAUGGGAAUUAGCAGCCUGUUUAGUAUGUGCUUGGAUCCUCGUGUAUUUUGCACUUUGGAAAAGUAUAAAAUCCUCAGCGAAAGUCCGAUACAUCACAACGACGCUUCCAUUUUUGUUGAUUAUUGUAUUCCUUGGACGGUCACUUACUCUAGACGGCGCAGACCAAGGUUUGAGGUUCUUCUUCAAACCAGACUGGGAAUUACUUAAACAAUCUCGCCCGUGGGUAAACGCAGCGUCCCAAAUUUUUAACUCCAUAGGAAUUGCGUUUGGAUCGAUGAUAAUGUUCGCAUCCUACAAUAGAUUUGAUAAUAAUUUUCUGCACGACACUCUGGCCGUGUCAGCAAUCAAUGCAGUCACAAGUCUUAUAGUUGGAAUAUUCACGUUUGCGACGAUUGGUAACAUUGCAACUGAACAAAACACGAGCGUUAAGGAUGUCAUUGCAGACAGUCCCGGAUUGCUUUUCGUUGUAUACCCGCAAGCGAUUGCAAAAAUGCCUGCAUCCCAACUGUGGGCCGUUUUAUUCUUCUUUAUGUUUUUAUGUCUGGGCUUAAACAGUCAGUUUGCAAUCGUGGAAGUGGUCGUUACUUCUAUCCAGGACGGCUUCCCUGAUAUGAUUAGAAGACGCCUGGUUUAUCAUGAACUGCUGGUCCUGUGCGUCUGUGGGGUGUCACUGGUUUUUGGUCUUCCUCACAUCAUACAAAGCGGGAUAUACGUGUUUCAAUUGAUGGACUUCUAUGCCGCUUCCCUAAGCAUAACAUACUUGGCUUUCUUCGAAGUUGUUGCUAUAGCGUGGUUCUACGGUGUGGAUAGGUUGUCACGCAAUAUCAAACAAAUGACAGGUCAGCGUCCAUCACUAUACUUCCGCUUCUGUUGGCUUAUAGCAUGCCCGGCAUUAUUGCUCGCUCUUUGGGUAGCGAGUCUGGUAGACUACACGCCACCCAGCUACCGUCAAUAUCUGUAUCCAACCUGGGCUCAGGUUCUCGGAUGGACGAUAGCCUCUCUCUCACUACUGUGUAUACCAGUGUAUGCGGUCGUCAUGGUGGUACGAUCUCCAGGGAAGGGUUUACGGGAGAAACUGCGCAAUUCCAUUCGGCCAACAUAUAUGUGCGAUUGUGGAGUUAACGGUUGUGAUCUAUGCUGCUCCGAAUCAGAGCCACCUGACGAUAAAGCAACAAUCAACUAGUCGUUUUAAUAUUUAGAAUCUAUAUUUUAAGUUAUCAGUUAAUUAGAAUAUAAUAUGUAAACCAGACCAACUGCUCGCAUAUCUACUGAGCGAUAUCAAAACCAAACAAGACAAAAUGGUGAUAAACAUGAUGUUCUUACAACAUACUUAUUGUUAAUUGUUAUAUGUUCAGAUCACACUUGACCUAGAAGCACCUGUGUACAGCUAUCAUUGACACAGUUUCAUACACUCGAAUUCAGAGACUACUAGAGGUACUUAUAACACCUUUUUUGUAAUUAUCUGCAAUUGUACCUACUCAUUGUUUUAUUAAUAAAUGCGAAAUUAUUCGAAAUUUAAACUUUUUCUGUGUUAUUAAUAAACGCGGAGUGAAGUUCUUACAUAUUUAAAACUUUUUGUCUUACCUUUGUCACAGAAUUACAUGACAGGGAGUUUUUAUUUAAAAGUUGCAGUAAUCUAACAUUGCGUUUAUUCAUAAGAGAGUUUGUCUUUAUCUCACCUUUGUCACUACAAAAUUACAUGACAGGGAGAAGUAUUUUAAACUUGCAGUAACUUUACAUUGCAUAUGUAAAUAAGACAGAUUGAUUAUUGUAUUUUCGUUUUGAAAUCGACGCCGUUCAGUUAUAUUUGACCUUAAGCAUGCAAGUGAUACGUCAAGAACAUAUUAUGUUGCUUUGAGUUUCUUUUUACAGUUAUAUAUAUAUUGGGCGAUUAUAAAUAAGACCAAAGUUACUUUUAUUGCAGUAAGAGGUAAAAUAUUUAAAUUACUUUCAAUUAUGUUUUUUUUUAAACUUCUAGAAAAAUACUCAAAGUUACAUUGUAAAAUAUAGGAACAUUAUUUCUUUUCUAGUAUAUCUGUAGUUACCAAUUUUAAAUUAUUAUACUAAAUAAAAUAAAGAGAUACAUAAUAGAAUAAGUACCUACAAGUAAUUUAAAAAAUAUGUCUUGUUCAAAUUCUCUGUGAUUAUAACAUUCCAUGAAUAAUUAGAGUAAGUUUUUUUAAGUAUUUAUUGAGCUAUAGACAUAAUUAACAUGAAUUCCAAAAAUGUAAAUGUGUAAUUGUUCACAACAAUUUAUCGAAAUAUCUACUUUUUUCCACGGACUAGUAAAAAAGAAGGACUCCGCGCCGUGAUAUUAGCAAGUGAAGCACCUCUAUGCUCGUGUGUGUAUGGUUACGGGAGAUACUAGUUACACUAUUUUUUCUCCAUCAUAUAUGGAUCAUAUCCACAAAUACUUAUAUAAUAUCGUUUUUACACUUUUUCACAACGCAUGACGGCAUUUAAAAAAAAAAUAUUAACGACGCAAACUGAACCGUCACGGAUGGUAAAUCUCAUAAUGGCGGCCGAUCGGCUUGUAUUAGUGUAAGUGUAUGCGUGGGGCUAUGUAUUUACAAGUUUACCGGCUUGUUUUGGUGCCUCACUGUUAUGUAAGGUGACACGGAGUCCUUAUUUUUUUACUCGUCCGUGCUUUUUGCAUCAUGGUUUCAAUGUACUUAUGUACCUACCAUUUUGACAAUUAAAUUAAAAAUGCAACUAAACUGCAGACUUGAUUGGAAACAGGAUUUUGUUAUUAUUGAAACACAUUAAUAUAAUUUGAAAUGAGAUUACUUAAUAAAAGAUCAAUAAAUGUUA